AUGCCAGUCUCGACCGCGCAGAAAUGGCCCGCUGCCAACUCUCGAUGGAAUUCAAUCGAGGAUCUGAGCCUGCUCUUCCACCUUUCUUUACUUGAAGCAAACCUUUCGCCGUCGUUCACCUCCGCCUCGUGCCCUGCCGAAAACGGCCAGCUACCAAGCAUCUCAAUCAUGGCCAACAUUCCGGGCUGCAAGCACGUCGUUCUUGCGCAAGUAAGACAACCAUCGCCCCAAGAGUGGGUCGUGGAUCGCGUCCCACUUUUCCGAACCGCCGCCAUUGCGAGACUGCAGGAAAAAAGUGGCGCGGUCGGCAGAGGCCGCAAAGGCAGCCGCCCCAAGUCGAAGGCAAACCCCAAGAAAGUCCUCGCCCACGGUCACAGGGAGGAACCUGCGGAUUUGGAGGUCAGUCUUGCCCUCCAUCGGCGCCGCUGCUUUGGUGGGAGCGAGUCGAACUUGGCGGUGCAACAGGCUCGUUAUUGGUGGAGAGUGCACUCAUGUACCGGUAUUGCUCUAUUUGACGUUUUAUCAUCCCAGACGUACUUGAACCGUGGGUAUAUCGACGUCGGCAGCGAGCUGUUGGGUCCAACCGACCUUACCCGUCUCGAAGGUUCGCUCCGGUCGUGCGCCCGCCGUGAAGGCCGCUUUCUCCGCGCGUUCAGGACCCAGAAAGGUUCCGUUACUUUCUGCUGUGCUAUCGGUGCCGCUUGCCCAUUCAGGCUCCAAUUUCAAGUGCCUACCACACCGUCGCCUGGGGUUGAAUGGAGGUGUACUCGGCUUUGCGCAACGCACUCGUGCCGAGCUGUCGACACGCCCCUCAUCACCAUCAUGGAUAGGCAGAUGA